AUGGAUCUUUCUGUAUUGCCAAAUAAUAAUCAUCCAGACAAAUUUCUGUGUCUAGAUGUAAAGAGUUUACUAGUAAAUUCUGCUGCUCUACAAGCAAGACAAUGGCGCAACAAGGUGUAUUUACAGAGAGACAGAAACAAUAUUAUGGAAACUCCUCAGCCUCCAAAGGUGGACAGCCCAGUGGUAGUUGACAAAACACUUUAUGACCACUUUACGCCAGAAAUUCUGAAUUCAACAAUUAAAACUAACCCUCUCUAUAUAGACGUAGGAAGAGAGGAAAAGACAAAGACAAAUAAAAAGCUGCCAUCAUGGACCAUUCAGGAUUAUGACCAGCAGUUACCGAGUCCCAGGAUCUCUCAGUACAUGAAGGAGAAUCCAAAGGAUUUACACUACUGGCUAGAAGAUAUUUAUACACCUGGGUAUGACUCUCUACUGAAGAAGAAGGAAAAAGAACAGAAGAAUUCCAAAUUCUGUAAACUAUUUACAUUUUUGGCAGUAAUAGUUUGCAUUCUAAUUGCCAUAGUGACGGCUGCUGUUUUGUGUACUUAA